AUCAAAACGCCUAUAAAUAUACGUAGUAUACGGAUCGGAGUAGGUUAAACAUAACGCCGCAUUUACCACAUAAAGCGUUUAUUUACCUUAAAGCAAUCGUGUUUUAUCGAACGACACAGAUCGUGUUUAACAAAAUCUAGCAAAACGUAUACAGUUGUUUUUGUCGUUUUUCUGCCGUUGCUCCUCAUCAUGGUACGGCGAGGCCUUCCCGGAGACUGCUUAUUCCGGCCGUCCGAUGUACAACUACUGCAAUUCCUGUGCUUUUUUCUCAUCGGGAAACCAGUAGAUUCGACGGUUCCGAUACCGGAGAAGGACCUGUACGACGGAAUAGAGCCGUGGGAGCUUUUUGAGACGUCAAAAGAAAAUAUCUUGUACUUCUUCACGCGGUUGAAAAAGAGGAGGCCCGGGAACGCCCGCUAUAGCCGUAGGAUCGGGGACGAAGACGAGAUGGGGACGUGGAAAGCGCAGGAUAGAGGAAAGCCUAUUUACAUGUCCGGUUCUGUGCCAGAACUUAUAGGAUACAAGAGGAGCUUGAGAUACGAAAAUAAAGAAUUAAAAGAACACGAUGGGAAGUAUAUAAUGAAGGAAUAUUAUCUCUCGGACAAGAUAAGAGCAAAGCUUCAGGUGGGAGCCUUUGCGGCACUGAGGUAAAGAUGAUGAUGAUGAACUAUGUAACAUAUUUGCGUCUAUCUGAAUUCAGGCACCAUUGAAAGACUAUGUCUUGUGUCGGAUCAAACAUAAACAAGAAAAUGAGGUUUCGGUUUUCGAAAACCAACGCCGUGAGGCGGGAGACAUCAGAGAUAUAAUCUACAAGUCACCGCAACCCAUAGUCCCAGAGUUGGAGCACAUGGCGGCAGAGUUGCAACCCAGCUUUGACAAUUUGCAGCAUCGUGAUGAGGGACGCGGUGGCGAUAUCGAACAGUGGCCAUCGUUAAAAUUAUGGCCAACGGCAGAUAGAGAAUACACCGCUUCUUCUAAGUGGAUCGAGUAUGUUAAGUCAUCUCGUAGUACACAAAUAUAAAGUUAUAAUUUGGGGUUCCAUCCUAAAAGGUCUUUACUCAUUUUUCUAGUUUUCCAUCGUUAGUUCUCAGCCACAUUCACGCAUAUUUCUGUUUUUUGAAUAGUUAGUUCUAAAGUAUAGGCUAUUUUUUUGCCAAAAUAAAAAGUAUAUAUAGGCUAUUUUUCACUUUGUUUGUAAUUUGUAUUUUCCAUUAGCUAUUUUAUUGCCAAAGACUGAUAGGUUUCUGGAGUUUCGAAUAAAAUAAAAGGGUUGUAUGAGGAGUAGAUUGUUGCUCACCCUCUAACGGGUGUUCGUGAUUCUUGUAGUUUUGCACCAUUUUAGGUUCAUCUUAUGAUGAAAAUUACAAAACACAUAAAGAGAGGAGUACUGAAUGGAUGAUUAAUUAAAUUUGUUAUCACAAUAAUGUUGAUUGAUCUGCCCAUGAUUAUUCC